CAGUUAAAUGGACUCAAAUUAUGUAGCCCCAUCUAACGUUAACCGGGUUAACCCUAACAUCAAGUUUCAAACUUGAAGUUUGGCUUUUUAUGAACUUUACAUUGAAUUCAUUUCGAUACUUUUAUGAUUGACAGAACGCAAUCUUUUCAAACUGAACAAAGAAACAACAUGACCACCAGAAGCAAAACUACAAAGACAAAUGAAGAAAGAGAAACUGAGGAUAGAUCUCUAGAUAAAGAGAGUUUACUCAGAGCUCUAGAUGAUCAUGGACCUUGUGUGAUCUACGAUUUUGAGCUUUUGAGGACGUAUUUUCCUUCCAAAUCCGAUGCCCAAUUAAAAUUUCUGGUCGCUUCUUAUGAGAAGAAAGGUAAAGAUCUCAGUCUCAAACAAAAUUACAUGGAUCGUUUCAUCGAGAUGAAGAAUAUAAAUAAGUGGUUAUCAGUUAUUUCGAACUGUGUUCCUUUUCCCGCUAAAAAGGACGAUUUCUCUCGUGUUUUGUUGGAUAUUUUCACCCAGUUUUCUGAAUAUACGAUGAGUAACUAUUACGACAGAGAGAAUGGCGAAGAUAAAGAGGACGAUAAAGAUGAUGAUGCUGGUGAAGAUGAUGAAGACGAUGAGGGCGACGAAGACAUGCUUGAUAAUGAAGAAGAAAGGGAAAAUAGCGAAGUAAAUCUAAAGGGAAAUGAUACUUUUGAAAAUAGAAAUGGAGAAAAGAUCGACUACAAUGUUAUCUAUUCUUUCUUCAAUGAAAUAUUAAACAGAAGAUUUCCUUUCAAACUUCAAGAAAAAGAAGCGGCCAUAGCUCUUUCUCUUAUGACAAAUGUUCGUGAGAUGGUUGAAUUGGUGAGAAAUGAAGAUGAAAAGGCUUUUUUACAAGCUGCAUCUUGGUGGAAGCCAACUGCAGAUAACGCUAACGGUACUAUAAAUGGUCAAGCUGAUAACCCUGAUGCUAAUGGAACAGCUAAUAAUAGUGCAGCUAAUGAAAUCAAUCCUGAUCAGCCCGAACAUUAUGCAGAUUUACCUCGAUUCCGUAAAAUAAGAGAUUGUUUGAACCCUCUUAAAAUUCCUAGCUGGAUCUUAAAUGACAAUCAUGAUCUACUGUCAUCUCAUCUAACUUAACCAUUGAUUGGUUUUAAAAAGACGAAAGAUUUGGUCCAACUCAUUACUGGAUUCUGUGAUUUCAUUUAAUUCUUCAGACAUGUGCGAGAUAUUAAUCCGUUGAAAAGACUCUAUGACCCUAAAAGAGUCAAAUUUCACCUCAGAUUCUUAAUGAAAACCCAUAAAACCUCAGUUCAAGUUGUAAAAUUUAUGCAGGGCAGAGAAUGUCCGUGAAUAUGCUGAGUUUUUGAGGAAAGCCCAAAGAUCAGAUGGUUUGAAAAUACGGUAAAGGGUCAAAACAGCGAAAGCCAAAACAGAGAAAGGCGAAAUAGCGGAGGGUAAAAUAAAGAGGAUAAAUAAUUAAACUGAUUAAAGUUUUUUUUUGAAAAUUAAACACAAUGCUUUGAUUGUCAUAAACUGAAUUGGUUCAACUAUAUCAUUUUUCGCUGUUUUGAACCCAUUGACUUGACUACCCUGACUUGACCCGCUAUUUUGACUAGCUAUAUUUAUUUUAUUCAAGUUUAACGAAAUAAAGCGGAAUAAAAAUUUAAGCGAAUAUUU